AUGUAUCUUAAUACUUUGAAGGGAGAAGAGGCUAGGCAAGAAGUAAAUGCGUGGUUCUCCAAUUUGACAAGACUCAUCUUCGCAAAUGCUGUCUAUUUCAAAGGGACAUGGAGCAACAAAUUCAACGCAAAUCUUACAAGAGAUGAUGAUUUCCACCUCACAAACGGAAGCUCUAUUCGCACGCCCUUUAUGACCAGCCGGGAUGAGCAAUGCGUUGGCGUCUUCGAUGGCUUCAAAGUUCUGAAGCUACCUUACCUUCAUGGCGGCGACACGCGCAGAUUCUCCAUGUACAUCUAUCUCCCGGACGCCAGAGACGGGCUGCCAUCUUUGGUGGAGAGAGUCUGCUAUGAGCCCGGGUUUGUGGACAGCCAUCUCCUUCAUAAGAAGGUGGAUCUUGACGAAUUCCGGAUACCUAAGUUUAAGAUGGGUUUCGAGUUUGAGGCGUCUAGGGUUUUGAAGGAGCUUGGAGUGGUGGGUGUUUUCGAGAGGGGUGGUGUGUGUGAGCUGGUGGAGGAAUAUCCGGAUGGAGAGGAUCUGUGGGUUGACAAGAUACAGCACAAGGCGUUUGUGGAGGUGAAUGAGGUGGGCACCGAGGCUGCGGCUGUGACAGGGGUGGCCGUUCGCGCGUCCUUUAUGCAGCGGCCUCAGCCACGACCGAGGUUUGUGGCCGACCAUCCUUUCAUCUUCACUAUUAGAGAGGAUACGAGCGGGCUAGUUCUAUUCGUCGGCCAGCUGCACAAUCCGCAUGCUCGUUUAAAUAGUACUAUCCCUAGAGUGGACAGAAGUUCAGAUUAUCAAAGGCAGAUUCUUCACCACACAAGAAGGCGAUGCCGCUGCCUGUGCGUGUCCGGCAGUGGCGGCGAGGGCGAGGGCGAGCAGCGAGGGGGAGCAGGGGCUGACCGCGACGAAGGCGGCGGCUUCAGUCUGCAUCACGACCGCACAGCAGCGGCAGCGCUGGAUGAUCAGCAACUACGAUGGAUGGCGAGAUCUGCUAGAUGCCGGUGA